CCGACGGGCAUCAUCACAUCACUCCUUCACCAGUCACCACUGCACCACCAACUGACUUCACCUAGGAAUAACUGGUCAAGAUGCAAAUCUUCGUCAAGACCCUCACGGGCAAGACCAUCACGCUCGAGGUCGAGUCCUCGGACACGAUUGACAAUGUCAAGCAGAAGAUUCAGGACAAGGAGGGCAUCCCGCCCGAUCAGCAGCGCCUGAUUUUCGCUGGCAAGCAGCUCGAGGAUGGCCGUACCCUCUCCGACUACAACAUCCAGAAGGAGUCGACCCUCCACUUGGUCCUCCGUCUGCGCGGUGGUAUCAUCGAGCCCUCGCUCAAGGCGCUUGCCUCCAAAUUCAACUGCGACAAGAUGAUUUGCCGCAAGUGCUACGCUCGUCUGCCUCCCCGUGCCACCAAUUGCCGUAAGCGCAAGUGCGGACACACCAACCAGCUCCGCCCCAAGAAGAAGCUCAAAUAGACGGCUCCAUCUUACGUACCAGCAUCAGGAUUUGGCGCAUUUGGGCUUUUGGGGGCAACGGGUAUGGUUAUGGCAACGGCAUAAGGACAACAGGACAGGGAAACACGGGACCUGGGGAUGGAUGGCUACAAUCUAUAACGAGAUCGUCAAGUCGAGGACUCCUAGGUAGCUCAUGAAUGAACUCAGACAUUGCCCGUGGGGAUACAUAAAAGGGCAUUGAAGCUCUCUUUGAAGAAAAACCACUGAUCUUGCAG